AUGCGUUCUGCGGCCAAAUUUUUCUAUCUGGCUGUAUUUGCCCUCUCUGCGCGCAUCAACGCUGAGAGCCAUGAGGGCAAAGCCGGCCUACAGUAUGGCCAUGACAAAUGCGCGCUUGACCCUACCGCUAUGGUGUCCGACGCUUGUGUUUCCUAUACGACUCUCGAUGCGUUAAAUGAUCAAGUCUACCCUCUCCUUCAGUCUAUCACCCAAGAAACCGACUUCUUCUCAUAUUACCGUCUCAACCUCUUCAACAAGGUCUGUCCAUUCUGGUCGGACGCCAACAGCAUGUGUGGAAACAUCGCAUGCUCAGUUAAUACAAUCGAAUCGGAGGAAGACAUCCCCUUAACAUGGCGGGCAGAGGAGCUGAGUAAACUCGAGGGACCCAAGGCUGGUCAUCCAGGUCGAAGGCAGCAAAAAGAGCGACCCAGUGAUCGUCCGCUCCAAGGGAUGCUGGGUGAAAACGUGGGAGAAAGUUGUGUCGUCGAGUACGAUGAUGAAUGCGACGAGCGAGACUACUGCGUCCCCGAAGAUGAGGGCGCCAGCAGCAAAGGAGACUACGUCAGUUUAGUGGACAACCCCGAGCGAUUUACUGGCUAUGCUGGUAUGGGCGCCCACCAGGUCUGGGAUGCGAUCUAUCGCGAAAACUGUUUCCUCAAGCCAACCUCCCAGCUGGAGCUGUCGCCCAAUCCCCAACUGGGCAAUCUUGAAGCCAUGAACGACUUCCGCAGUGUGCUACAACAGGAAUUGAAGCGCCCGGAUCGUCUUCCCCUAGACAAUGAGUGCCUUGAGAAGCGGGUCUUCCAUCGCCUCAUCAGUGGAAUGCAUGCCUCCAUCUCGACGCAUCUCUGCUGGGACUACCUCAACCAGACGACUGGGCAGUGGCACCCCAACCUGCAAUGUUUCAAGGAGCGCUUGCACGACCAUCCCGAGCGCAUCUCCAACCUGUACUUCAACUACGCUCUGGUGUCCCGGGCUGUGGCAAAGCUGCAGAAGCACCUGAAGAGCUACAACUACUGUACCAGCGACCCCGAACAAGAUACUCAAACUCGGGAGAAGGUGUCGAGGUUGACUGCCACCCUUGCCGAGCGGCCUCAGAUCUUCGAUGAGAACAUCAUGUUCCAGGACCCAAGCGCCCUUGGUCUGAAGGAAGAUUUCCGCAAUCGCUUCCGCAAUGUUAGCCGGCUGAUGGACUGUGUCGGGUGCGACAAGUGCCGUCUCUGGGGCAAGCUUCAGGUCAACGGAUACGGAACCGCUUUGAAGGUGCUCUUUGAAUAUGACGAGACCAAGAACGGCGAGAACCCCUUGCUGCGCCGGACCGAACUGGUGGCGCUGAUCAACACCCUUGGUCGCAUCUCCCACAGUGUCGCCGCAGUCCGGAGCUUCCACCGUGCCAUGGAGGUCGGAGACGGCGAGGUGUUCUCGAUCCCCGCCAGCAUUGCGUCGAAGGACCGUGGCGACAAGAAAACCCGACGCCUGCUCAAGGACGGUGGCUCGACGUUCUACUACGAGAACGACGAUGAGGACUUUGUGUAUAUCUCCGAGAAGCUUCCUUGGGAACGGGUUCGCGAACGCCGCGAUACCGACACCCUCUGGGACGAUAUCAAGGCCGAAUUCUCCAUUGUCUGGGAUACAUAUGUCUAUGUGCUGAAGAGCUGGGUCAACGUUCCGAAGACACUGGUUGAGAUUAUCGUGAUCGAGAUCGCCCGUGUGUGGAAUUAUUGGCUGGGACUUCCGGUGCCGCCACGCGCAUGGAAGGUCCGUACUCCUCGAGCGGCCAUGCCACCGCGCGAUGAGUUGUAG